AUGGGGUGCCGGAGCUCGCGGCUGGACGCGGCGGACGUGUCCCCCGUGGCCGCGCUCUGCCGGGAGCGCCGCGACCUGAUGCUCGCGGCGGGGGACCGCCGGGCCGCGCUCGCGGCCGCGCACGCCGCCUACUUCCGCGCGCUCCCGCGGGUGGCCGACGCGCUCGCGCGGUUCGCGCACGAGCACCACGCCGCCUCGCCGCCCGGGUCGCCCGUGCUCACGCUGCCCCCCUCCGACCACGACGAGCCCAAGAAGCCCAGCGCCUCCAGCUCCACCCCGCACACCGACUCCGGCCACUCCCACCUCCACUUCCACUCCGACGCCUCCGACUCUGAUCCCGACUCCGCCGACGACUGCGCCUGCGAUGACCCCGGCCACGGGCACGGCGCCCGCGGCAAGAUCCCGCCGCCGACUGGAGUGCCCCAGCAGCGUCACAUCCCAGAGCCUGCAGCGGCCAGGCCGGCCAUGCCAUGGCAGGGCAGGCCCGCCAUGCCCUGGGAUGGCAGGCCCGAGAUGCCGUGGGGCGGCAUGCCCCAAAUGCCGUGGGACGGCAGGCCCGAGAUGCCAUGGGCGCAGGCCUCCUACGACGCCUACCCUUCUUCGUUCCCAAUCCCAGAUGUCGCAAUCCCCAAUGCCUACUACAUGAAGGCCAGUUCGGCGGCGGCGAACACGGUGUACCAAGAACCAUACGGCUACAGCAACUUCGCCACCAAUGUGCCUUCCUACAUGGGGUACGAGUACGGGUACAACAACCCAAUGUACGGCGUGCCGGAGGGGGGCCAGCCGGUGGAGCAUCGUGGCCGGGAGGCGGCGGCUCCGGCUCCGGCGCCGCCGCCGCCGAUGCCGAUGCCGGAAGCGUCGCCGUGGGACUUCUUCAACCCGUUCGACUCCUACAACCAGGACCUUCCACACUACAACCAAAAGGGGUUUGCUCCGGACGGGUCGUUCUCCAGCAGCCCCAACUCCAGCGAGGUGAGGGAGCGGGAGGGGAUCCCGGAGCUGGAGGAGGAGACGGAACACGAGUCGUCGAUGAGGGAGUCGCUCAAGGCGAGGAAGGCGGUGGAGAGCACGGCGUCGAACCGGAUCGACAAUGCGGAUGUCAGUGCCAAGGUGAAGGUGUCAAUGGAGCACACCGAGUGCGAGAUUGACAGCGUCCUCAGUGCUUCGGUUCUCGAGUCGGGGGAGGGGAGCGUGUGUAGCUGUGACUGUGACAAUGCCAAUGCUGGAGGAGGAGCGGCAGCGCCGGUUGGCGAUGAUCCGGCGAAGGUGAAGAGGGUAAGCUCAGGGGAGCACUCAUCCAUGGUGGUCGGUGAGAAUCCGCCGCUGCCGAGCGUUGGGACGAGGGAUGUUGCAGAGGUUGUGGAGGAGAUAAAGGAGCAGUUCAACUCUGCCGUCGCCUGUGGAGAUGAUGUUGCCAGGAUCCUUGAGGUCGGGAGCAUUCGGUACAGACCGCGGAGUAGGAUCUUGAAAUUGAUAGUUUCACGGAUGAUAGGAACCUUUGCCUUGUUGUUCUCUGAACCUUCAGUGAAGAACGCGGAACAAUCAGCAAUUGGUUCAUCCAGCAGAACUCAGAAUUCAAGUAAAAGAAUCGAUGGUACCAGCGGUGUUGAAAUUAAUACCCUGUCUUCUAUAAUGGACAGAUUGUAUGUGUGGGAGAAAAGACUUCAUAAGGAGAUCAUGGAGGAAGAAAAGUUGAGGAUUACAUAUGACAAAGAAUGGAAGCGCCUUAAAGAGUUGGAUGAGAGUGGUGCAGAACCGUAUAAAAUUGAUUCCACACGUGCCUCUAUAAGGACACUGCUCACCAGAAUCAAUAUUGCAAUGAGAUCAGCCAAAGUUAUUUCUAGGAGAAUCCACAUACUACGGGAUGAUGAGCUACAUCCACACCUCGUUAAGCUCAUUCAGGGGCAUGUUAGAAUGUGGAAAUUCAUUCUUGAGUGCCACAGGAAGCAAUUUCAUUCCAUACUUGAAACUAAAUCUCAUAUUCUUAUCCCCAAGAAUGGACCUGAAAGAGAAACAUCCAAGGUUACACUAGAACUAGAAAUGGAACUUCUGAACUGGUGUUCCUGUUUCAGAAAUUGGAUCAUAUCACAAAAGGCGUAUAUCGAAACCCUCAAUGGCUGGUUACUCAAAUGGCUUCCUCAGGAAAAGGAGGAAACAUCCGACGGCAUCGCGCCGUUCUCUCCUGGUAGACUUGGAGCCCCUGGUGUGUUCAUCACAGCAAAUGAUUGGUGUCAGACCAUGAAAAGGAUACCAGAAGGCGCUGUCGUGGAUGCGAUGGAGGCUUUUGCUGUUAAUGUGCACAUAUUAUGGGAGCGACAGGACGAAGCGCAGCAGCAGAAGAUGAAAGCCGACUAUUUAUCUAGAGACUUCUCAAAGAGGCUCAAAUCUCACCAAAAGGAUCAAGCCUUGCCUGGGCAUCCUAAAGCUGGUAAGGCGGUUUUACCCGACGGCGACAAUGGCAGGGCGGUCAAUAGCCGCAUGGUAGCUCUGGAUGCAUUGCACACAAGAUUGGAUGAGCAGAGAGCUAGGCAUGAGGAGACUGUGAGAGAAAUCCAAGAGUCAAGUGCAACUGACCUGAAAGCAGGCCUGGCUCCAAUAUUUGAAGCGUUGGAGUCUUUUACUCAAGAGACACUGAAAGGUUAUGAGAAUGUAAGGGUUCCUGACAGUGGUAUAGCCUGA